AUGUCAUUUAGACCAGGAAGCAGAGGUGGAUCCCGUGGUGGCCCAAGAGGUGGUGGCCGUGGUGGCCCUAGAGGUGGUGGCCGUGGUGGCCGUGGUGCUCCAAGAGGUGGUGGCCGUGGUGGCCCAAGAGGUGGUGGCCGUGGUGCUCCAAGAGGUGGCCGUGGUGGCCCAAGAGGUGGCCGUGGUGGCCCAAGAGGUGGUGGCCAAGGUGGCCCAAGAGGUGGAGCUAAGGUUGUUAUCGAACCUCACAAGCACGAUGGUAUCUACAUUGCUAGAGGUAAAGAAGAUUUGCUUGUCACCAAGAACGUUGCACCAGGUGAAUCUGUUUACGGUGAAAAGAGAGUUUCUGUUGAAGAACCUUCUAAGGAAGAUGGUGUGCCACCAACCAAGGUUGAAUACCGUGUGUGGAAUCCAUUUAGAUCAAAGUUGGCUGCAGGUAUUAUGGGUGGUUUAGACGAAUUGUUUAUUGCACCUGGUAAGAAGGUUUUAUAUCUAGGUGCUGCUUCUGGUACAUCUGUUUCUCACGUUUCUGAUGUUGUGGGGCCUGAAGGUGUUGUGUAUGCCGUUGAAUUUUCUCACAGACCAGGUAGAGAAUUGAUUGCAAUGGCAAAGAAGAGACCAAAUGUGGUUCCAAUCAUUGAAGAUGCUAGACAUCCACAAAAAUACAGAAUGUUGUUGGGUAUGGUGGACUGUGUCUUUGCAGAUGUUGCACAACCUGAUCAAGCCCGUAUCAUUGCUCUAAAUUCUCACAUGUUUUUGAAGGAUCAAGGUGGUGUGGUCAUCUCUAUCAAGGCAAACUGUAUCGACUCAACAGUGGAUGCAGAAACUGUGUUUGCUCGUGAAGUGCAAAAAUUGCGUGAAGAGAGAAUCAAACCAUUGGAACAAUUGACUUUAGAACCAUAUGAAAGAGAUCACUGUGUCGUUAUUGGUAGAUACAUGAGAAGUGGACUAAAGAAAUAG